AUGCCGCCCGCCGGCCCCUCCACCCACACAUCCCACCUCCUCUCGUCCGCGGCCCCCGACCUCGAACCGGCCUCCUUCUCGCGGACGCACACCCGGAGCCGCUCGCCGCAGUACAGCGGCCCCACGUUGCGGUACUCCAGCCUCCGCACGCCCUCGCGCGGCGCGGCGCCCCGGAGCGCCGCGAACACGAGGGCCAGCGACACGCUCAAGGCCCUGGACCUCGGCGCCGUCGAGACGCUCAUCGUCUUUGAGAACCUCGAGAUCACGCGCUACGUCCUCAAGGACAGCGAGGGGGCCGAGAUUGUCAUCCACACGACCAAGCAGCAGGAGACGGGCGACCGCUCGCAGUUCAUGGACAAGGCCACCGGCCAGGAGAUGGACAUUGUGAGCCAGGAGUCCUUCCUCGAGUGGGUCGCCGAGCACUACAAGGAUUUCGGCGCCACGCUCGAGUUCGUCUCGGACAGGUCGACCGAGGGCAACCAGUUCGUCAAGGGCUUCGGUGGCAUCGGCGGCCUCCUCCGCUACAAGGUCAACUUUGAGCAGCUGGCCGAUUUCGACGAUGAUGAUGAUGAUUACUACGAUGAUUGA